AUGUCACAGUCUACGCCGCCUCUGGUCCGUGUGCGCCGGCAGAAUGUCUCUGCUAGGCACCCUCCUGUCUCUACACUAAGUGUAGACGCGCUCUGGAGUGCGGCCCUAGAACAAUACCGUCGCUCAUUGGGCGUGGAUCUGCGAGAUUCCACUCUCACUAUCGCAGAUAAGCUCGACCGGUGCUCUACGGCUGAAGAUAUUCUCGACGCGUUCCAAGAUACGCUGGAGCGCCUGCAUAACAAGCGGAAGGGAAGCAAGAGGACGCGCGCUCUAAGAGACGCUCUCAAACCGGUUGUGUACGGUCUUGCCAUCAUUCUUGAUGCUAGCGCCGAAACUGCAUCUUCUCUAGGCGUUCCAGGAGGUAAAGGUGUAUUCGCCGCGAUCGCCAUACUGCUCAAGGCUGCCGAUAGCGUUAGCGUCCGGUUUGAUGACUUGAUGCAGCUCUUCGACCGUCUGGGAGCAUAUGUACGGCGAUUACAAGUUCGCGUACAAGCUCCCAUGAGCUCGCCGACAAGGGAUAUCGCUGUGCAAGCCCUGGUAGAGGCGCUCAAAGCGCUCGCACUCGCCACCCAAAUGCUGCGCAAGAAUCGUGUUGUGCUGUUUCUUGGCGCAUUGGGCUCGAAGUCGGAUGCGAUUCGGACUGCUAUUGAGGACCUUGAGACGGUUGUAUCGGAUGAAGAGAGGAUGGCUGUUACUGACGUGAUCGUUGGGAUGCACGAGCUGUCCACCCACGUGCUCGAUGCUGGCGCCACUUCUUCACGACUGGCAGAGACCUCGCAAGGGAACCUUCGACUCACGCGCCGGUUGAUGGAUGAGAUACGGGACAACGAGUCGCGAAGGGCGGGGGAUAGUCACACUAUACUUGAGUUGCUACAUAUACUGAUAGAUUGUGUCAGUAUCAACGUCCGCUCCGAAGGACUGCUCUCCAUCCGUUCACCUUCCCCUACUGUCGAGCACCAAUAUGGAUCAGUAUCGACACCUGGUCUCCGCACCGAUACGGAGUCAGAGCUUACGAGCCAGGUGGGGCUACAUAGAGCGUCCAACGCUGAGUCCUCGAUGCUCGUAUCUCGAUUACGCGGCGUGAUAUCAAGAUUCGCGCCCGAGGAUCAGGACAUACUCUGUCGAUCUUUGUACACCCUUCUCACAUGGUCCCUUGAGGUCAUGAACGGAAGACCUAGCCCGUCCAGAUCCAAUAUGGCUGCUCUGGCACCGCUCUACUGGAGCAUAUUCGAGCAAAUGCUGCCUUUGAUGUGCACAUUCCUACUCCUGUUCAUGAUCUGGAAGCUUGGAUCCGUCACGCGCCCUUUAGGAUGGCCUUCAGGAAGUGUCAUAAUCAUCGGCCUGUGCGACGAGAUAUUUGUUCUGGAGCAUGAUACGUUCUCAACUUGGGAGAACACUCAUGCCUACCUCAGUCGUGCUUUCCAAGGUCGGCGAGGAGCAACCUACGUGGCGAGGAAGGCUUAUAGCCUUGGAGACUCCGAUCAUUUACUGAUCGGACAGUCUGAGUGGUCCGAUGUCGUGAGAGCCGGAUCUCGGCUACAUAUGAGCAUCGUCGUGCGCGAGAAGAGGCCUCGCUGUCCGUACUGUGGGGCCGCCUCCGGUACAAGUAAGACUUCCUUGAGCGAAAGAGGACGUGUUGUCUGCUCGGGAUGUGGACGCAUCUACGGGACAUUGGAGGGCAACAAGAUCAACGAAGUCCCCGGCCGUUUGAGCAUGCAAAUCGCGAAUUCUGCAUUGUCUAAUACGUAUGCGUCUGAUUUUGAUGCGAUCGACUCCGUGAGCUCCUUCCACAGAGUGCUACUUGCUCUGGAUUUUCGCCGGUCGUCUCAAUCCAGUCUGCGCGGGUCGGUCCUAGAUGAUGAUCCAGGUGAAAGUGCACGGGAUAGGCUGCCCGCAAACGUGGACGAAGUUGUCCAAGAGCUUCCAAAUGCGCCAUAUAUCGGUUCACUCUCAACCUCACAAUCGUCUGCUCGUCCACCCGCGAUACUUGGAAUCACCUCCGGCGGAACUCACGAGCAAGGUUCCGCACUCGACACCAUGCGCGUUCAAGCUGCCGACGACGGACCACACGUCAUCAUUCAAAAAGAAUCAGAUGAAGAAACGGCGAUACAUGGCAAUCACCGUCGCGAGUUCGGUCAUAAACGGAACAAGCACGCCGCUGGGUCUAGGAGCGAAGGGCGUUUGGACCUUAUCAACGAUUCGAUCCCCACACCAUCUAUCAAGACGAAUCGGUCACCCGCACUCUCAGAAGCGUACGACCGUAACCUACAGGCGCUGGAUGAAGCACCGACGCACGUAAGCGCUACACUGGACGCUGAACCACUGUCGAGUUUGUAUCGCCGUGACUAUGACGAAGAAGAGAAAGACAUCAUCGUGGACUCGGAUGGCAAGGUCUACGCAGGAACUGUACCCGCUUUGGUGAAGAGGCUAGUUGCACAUGAGUGUACAGACACCGGCUUCACGAAGACGUUUCUCAUGUCUUUCAAAUCGUUUACGGAAGUUGAUACGCUGGUUGGACUCCUGGUAGAGCGGUUCUGGAUCACCCCGCCUCGAGGUCUCAAUGGGGUACAAGAAGAAGAAUGGAGAAGACUCAAGCAGCAUGUGAUAAGGACACGCGUGCUCAACACGAUGAAGACAAUGCUUUUAGACGACGACAUCCUGGAGGAAAAGGACAUGCAUAUUCUCGAUAAGAUUGUCGAGUUUGCGCGACACGGCGAAGUCAAGGAGAAGGCAGCGGGGAGACAGUUGUUGUCGCACAUACAACGCAUACAGCAUGGGUCCAGAGCGCGAUCCAGGUCCACGACUUCGCGUGACCCGCAGCCGACGCCUAUAUUUCCGCGUACGAAGAAGACUCUGAAGUUGCUGGAUUUGAGUCCGCUUGAGAUCGCAAGGCAGUUGACUAUCAUCGAGGGCAGUUUAUUUCUGAAGAUCAAGGGCAGCGAGUUCUUCAAGAUGAGGAGCCACGAACUUCAGCAGGAUCUAAAGGAGAGUAAUAUCACUGCGAUGAUUGAAACAACAUUCAAGAUCACUCAUUGGGUUGCCGACGCCGUACUGAAACCGGAAACUGCACACGAGCGUGCGUUCAUCAUCACACACUUCAUCCGAGUCGCAGAUCGUUGUCGCGAGUUGAAUAAUUUCAAUUCGAUGAUUGCCAUUGUGUCCGGUCUUAGCUCGCCGCCGGUGCGCCGGCUGUCGCGGACGUGGGACCAGAUCAUCCCGAAACAUACGAGUAUGCUGAGCGCGUGCGAGAUGACGAUCGAUAGUGGGAAGGAGUUUAGCAAUUAUCGACGGCUACUACAGCGCACUGAGCCACCUUGUGUGCCGUUCAUCGGCUUUUACCUGAUGACGCUUAUGGUGAUUCAAGAGAGCGCACCAAACACAAUCACGGACAACCUCAUCAAUUUUCGCAAGCGGGCCAAAGCGGUCGAAGUGGUACAGGAGAUUCAGCAGUGGCAGAGCAGGCCGUUCAACUUUGCGCGUGUGGAGCUGAUCGCGUAUUAUCUGCUCGAGCAGCUGAACAAGUUCAACGGUGCAUCUGACGUUAGUACCGUACUCUGGGAUCUAAGCUUGGAGAGGGAGCCGACAGAGAGGCAAGACGAGAAGAUGUCGAGAUUGUUACAGGAGACGGGCUUUAUCUAA